AACAUCGAGGCUAUGGCUCCCAAAAAUCUAACUGCUGUGACAGAGUUCAUUCUUGUGGGCUUCACAGAUCACCCUGAACUGGUAGUUCCCCUCUUCCUGAUGUUUCUCAUUUUCUAUAUCGUCACCCUUCUGGGGAACGUGGGGAUGAUCAUUCUGAUCCAAAUGGAUGUCCAACUCCACACCCCCAUGUACUUCUUCCUGAGCCAUCUCGCCCUGCUGGAUGCCUGCUACGCUUCAGUCAUCACUCCUCAGAUCCUGGCCACACUGGCUACAAGCAAGACGGCCAUCUCCUUUGGCCAAUGUGUGACCCAGUUCUUUUUCUUCACCGUCUGUGCAGGCACAGAGUGUUUCCUGCUGGCAGCGAUGGCCUAUGACCGUUUGGUUGCCAUUAGCAACCCAUUACGCUAUAACCUUGCUAUGACUCCAAACACCUGCAGGGGACUGUUGGCUGCAGCCUAUGUCUGUGGGGUGUCAGGGGCCAUCCUGCGUACCAAGUACACCUUCACCCUCUCCUUCUGUGACCACAAUCAGAUCAACUUCUUCUUCUGUGACCUCCCGCCCCUGCUGAAACUUGCCUGCAACGGCAUGACACAAAGCGCAACUGUCAUCCUUUUUUUUGCCAAGUUCAUGUUCCUGGCCAAUGUCAUGAUCAUCCUGGUCUCCUAUGCACUCAUAAUCAGAGCCAUUCUGAGAGUGAAAUCUGCUGGUGGACGAGCCAAGACCUUCUCCACCUGCACCUCCCACCUCACCACGGUUGUCCUCUUCUUCGGGACCCUUGCCUUCAUGUACCAAAGAAGUCAGUCAGAUCAAUCCCCAGAGGAGGACAAGAUUGUGUCUGUCUUUUACACCAUCAUCAUCCCCAUGCUGAACCCCUUGAUCUACAGUCUGAGGAACAAAGAUGUAAAGGCUGCAUUCAGAAAACUCAUUGGUAAAAUCCAGUUCCCAAAGAAUUCAGCUUUAGCCUGUUCCCUGGAGGCCUUAGCCUCCCCUGGGCAUCACGGUAGUGAGGACUGUGGGGGUGAGCAGGUCCAAGGACCCUGGGGCAGGGGGGUGGGCGACUUCAUAAACACAAGCCCCCUGAGCAGGGGCCCCAGGAGGGAGGACGUGCAGGUGGGCAGGGCGGGCGGCGGGGCUGUCUCUGCCCGGGCCUCAGCCAGCAAACUCAGCGGAUGUGCCUCGAGCCCCCCGGAGGAGGUCAGGCCCAGGCAGUCUGACGACAGGGACCCUCCCCAGCCACAAGCCCACAGGGAAGUACAGCCUCCAUGCCCAUCCAGUGGUCCUGCCUGCCCGCCCUUGGCAGUGGCCACAGGGAACACUGUUGGGUCCCCUGGCUACCUGCCAACGUCCAGGCCCUCGGACGUCUUCUCCGCCAAAGAAGACGUGCUCAUCGGGGACGUGAUGUCCAUACAUGCAGUGCUGGAUCAGCCACAAGUAAGGCUCCAGAAGCCUCCAGAGCAGCCGCUGUGCCAACGGUGUUUGUCCAUCUGUGUGCCCGUGGACAUGGCCGCCAGUCCCUGCAUCUGUCUCCCUGUCUGUCCCACACCUGACCAUCUGUCUGCAUUUCCGCCUGUCUCUGCAUCUGAGCCUUCCUCCCCAGCGCACGUGUGCACCAUGUCUGUGCCACAGCCCCUCUGCCCAGUGUGGCUGAGUUCCUGUAUGCAGUGCUGUACAUGUGCCUACGCCGUGGUCCACCUCCCUGCACGUCUGUGA